AUGAGCCAGGAUAUUGAUAGAGUUUUUUUCGAAGUUGAGGUAAAAGGAAAUUCAUUAGGGCGAAUUGUAGUAGAAUUAUUCAGAGACAAAUGCCCAAAUAUUUGUAAUAAUAUAAUUACUCUAUGCAAAGGACCAGUAGGCUACAAAGGAAGUAAAGUUUUUAGAGUAAUUAAAAAGAUGAUGAUUCAGGCUGGUGAUUAUGAAUUCAACACUGGAGAAGGAGGAAAACAAGUUGUGGAUGGGGAUUUUGCAAAUGACUAUUAUGAUAGUGAACGUGACGAGGAUUUCCUUAUGUUCAUUGAUAAGAAAUCAACAAAAGAAGCAUCGUCACAAUUCUUGUUUUCUACAACAAACCUUUCUUACAUGAAGAAUGAAUUGUUACCUGUUGGAAAAAUAACUAAAGGAACUUCCAUACUUAGUAGAAUUGAAAGAAUUCCUGUCGUUGAAACAACUGGUUAUCCAAGUAUUGAAAUUACCUUUAUGGAUUGUGGAGUUCUUGAACAUGGUCAGAGUGAUGGAAUACUAGACCAACAAAAUGUUGAGGAAGGAGAUAUUUAUCCUCAAUACCCAGCAGAUAAUGAAGAUGUUUCUCUUGGGAAAAAGAUGGAAAUUGCAGAACAAUUGAAAGAACUAGGAAAUCAAUUUUUCAAGCAAGGAAAUCUUUCAAAAGCAUUAGAAAAAUAUGAGAAAGCAUUUAGAUAUUUGGCGCCUGGUAUGAGAGAAGAAAAUGAAAGAAAAUUAUUGGAAGAAAAAGAGAUUGUUAUUUUGGGAAAUAUUGCAGCAGUUAAAAUCAAACAAUCAGAAUAUGCAACAGUUAUAGAAUUGUGCAACAAAGUUCUUCAACUAGUUACCCAUCAUAAUGAGAUGGAAGGUAUCAGUGCAAUUGAGACAAAGGCCAAGUUUAGAAGAGGUGUUUCAUACUUUUCAAGAGGAGAUUGGCAAAAUAGUGAGAGGGAUUUUUCAGACUUGCUUGAAAAUAAUUUAGGAAAUAAGGAAAUUGAGGUUUGGCACAAGAAAGCAAAAGCUGAAUUGGAAAAGUAUAAGGAGAAGGAAAAGCACACUUUUUCUAAACUAUUCAAAUAAAUUAAUCGUUUGCACUGUAAGAGCUAUCUGUUUCAAUAUCAUCAUAAAGAGAUGAUUCUGUUGUUUCUCCCUCCUGAAUUAAAUACCCUGAACUCGCAUUUCUUUUGGACAUUCCAUUUCUGUUAUUGUUUGUACCAAUAACCAAAGGAGUGUUAGGAUCAAAAACAUGAUCAACAUUUGUUGAUUCUGAUUCUGGAGUUUCGUCCUCUGGUUGAACUUGUCUUUUGAAGCUCAUAUUCACAACAUUUCUACCGAAACUGAAUUUGCUAAAGAAUAUUAAAAUACUCAGAAUUGGCAUAAUUUCCCAGAAGAAAUUAGUAACAAUAAUAAAGAUUCUUCCAUAAUCAGUAGAUCUUAAGAAUUGAAUUUUC